UUUGCUCUCCUUCUAGUCGACCACUUUUCUCUUGACAAGUUCCUCUCUUUUCCUUUUCAAGACUUCUCCUUCUCCAACCCUCUUUUUCCCCCUUUCUGUUUCUGUUGCAGGCGGACCUUCCUACUUCGCACGGCCCUUUCCCCUGCAUUACCAGGCACUACCGAGUAGACCUGUCUUGGAGCUGGCUAGCUGCGCACGCACUUUCCCCAAGACGCUCUCUCCUUUUCCCACCCACGAAGCAUCGAUUCACAAGUCGACCAUCCUCCCAAGUUCCCACCAGGGGCCGCCCGCACAUACCGCACCCAAUCUCCAUAACAGCAGCCCCCUCCGCUCGCCGCCGUCCCGUCGCUCCCCCACACAUCCUUGGAAAAGACCGACCGUACUCAUUCCUUGGGUCAGCACUGUUGCAGUCUAAGCGACCAGACUUUGCCUCUUUCCUCUAUCCACCGCCAUCACCACCACCACCACCACCACCACCACCACACGGAGGAAGCUCAACGUCCCGCUGUUUGAUCAUCCGGCCAUCCUUGGGAGAAUCCUGUUGAUUGGUUUCGUUUUCGUUCGCACCACCACUGCAAGGAAUAAGAAGAAGGGAAACUGUGAGGCUUAAUUCACUUCAACCAUCACCAAUUGUUUCUUGUUCCGUCAUUCGACGGUCAGGUCUCCGGCAUUUAGGCCCGGCACGCACCCGACUUUCUCACCACGCACCCCGCAUAUUACCUCCUCCCCCACCGGCCGACCACGACGUCGCCCAACGGCUUACUCGAACAACAACCCCGUCGCGGCUGCUCCCGGCGUGCAUUGUCGACGACAACCCAAACCUGCGCACUCCCGCGUGGACGAUACAUUGUACAAGCAGGUCGGAAACGCCUUUCCCGUCAGUACCCUAGCUGGUUCUGGUUAUUUUUUCGCCCUUCUAUUACUACAUACACUGCCCUCGAGGCCGACAGUCGAAAGGUCUCGCACCUUGAUAUCAUUCGCUUGAGGCGCUUGGGUUGAAGCACAUACAUUGCAUCCUUCCACUGUAUCGCGGGCUGGUCUCGGAUCACGAAAACGCAAAGGACAAAGACACGAAGACGCAUACACACGAGAAAAGACGAUUUCUUACGAGUCGCUUUUCCCACCCAAAGAAACAUACAUAGAUAUACAGAGGCAGCGCCUCCCAUUCCCGCUUUCGCACCCCACGACAAUCGCUUCAUUUGGCGAUAGUCUUGCCUCGCCGCCCUUCUGCUCUCUUUGGGUCGCGUUGACGCCACCCACUGCACCAUCUAUAUCGCUCCUCGCUUGCGCCACAAGCAAGUGCAGAUCGAGACAUUGUCGUCGGUCCAUCGCAACAUAUAAUCACAGACUUUCCGUGAACUACGACGGCACUCGCCGCGACAUUCGAUUAUCAAGGAGGUUUUUAAGCUUGGAAUGUAUUCUUCGCAGCAUGCCAAUAUGGCUGCCGCUUCGCAAAAACCCGAGACUUUUAUGCUGAGCACUGAGGCCCAGCAAGCUCUUCCGCAUGAUGCCCAGGUAGCUCUGCAGCAGGUUGACAACCUCAAGUAUUUCCUCAUCUCCGCGCCCGUCGACUGGCAACCAGACCAAUACAUCCGGAGGUUCCUUCUACCCACCGGCGAGUAUGUGUCUUGUGUGCUAUGGAACAACCUCUUCCACAUCUCCGGUACCGACAUUGUGAGAUGUCUGUCUUUCCGAUUCCAGGCCUUCGGCCGUCCCGUGAAGAACUCAAAGAAGUUUGAGGAAGGUAUCUUCUCGGACUUGCGCAAUCUGAAGGCGGGAAGCGAUGCCUCCCUCGAGGAGCCAAAGAGCCCUUUCUUGGACUUCCUGUACAAGAAUAACUGCAUCCGAACGCAGAAGAAGCAAAAGGUGUUCUUCUGGUACAGCGUGCCCCACGACAGGCUCUUCCUUGAUGCGCUCGAGAGAGACCUCAAGAGAGAGAAGAUGGGCCAGGAAGCGACAACAGUUGCCGUUAGCGAGCCUGCCUUGUCCUUCCAGUACGAUUCUUCCCAGUCGCUCUUCGAGUCUCUCACCAAGGCCCAGCAGGCCAACUCGUCCUCUUUUCCGGCCCAGCAACUCGCCUUUCAGUCCCAGUCCACCUCGCCCAUCUUGCGCGCCGCCGAUUCAAUGCCUCCCCCUCAAAUGAUGCAGCCGAUGCCAUCGCAGAUGAUGCAGCCAAUGGGGCAGAACAUGGGACAGCAAAUGUCUCAAACCAUGUCCCAGUCAAUGGCCCCUUUGUCCGAUGGUCUGGAGGCCAUGGUCUCUUACGGAGCGAUGACCAUGGGACCCGCGAUGACCUGCCCUCAGCCAAUGGUCAAGCGGGAACCCGAUUAUGGUCGUGUUCAGUAUACCCAGAAUGGUGUGCCCAUCACGCAGGUACACCAGCGACACACUUCCAUGCCUGCGUAUGGCUUGGAGUGCUCGCCUGCCCCAUCGUUCGUCUCGUCGCAUUUUGAGGACUAUAGCCAGAGAGGACUCUCCUUUGAGCCCUUGACGCCUCCUCACCAGCAAAUGGGCGUCAUCGGCGAGCCCGCUUAUAUCGCCAAUGAGGAGACCGGUCUCUAUACUGCCAUUCCCGAUCACCUUAACGCUGGUGCCCUCAAUGGCAUGAUGCAGCUUCCGCCAUCCAACCUCGCGGCCCCAUCAUACCCCCGCUCGUACGCGUCUAGCAGCAUAUCUCAAGACCAUGCCAGAGGGUACUCUCCCAUGGCCGCCUACACAGUCAUCGAGGGGUCACCCACAUAUAAGCAGAGGAGGAGGCGCUCUUCCAUUCCCCCAUCAGUUCUGUCUGCCACGACAGCAAUUGCUGCGGGUACUCCUGGGGUGUACAAGCCCUCGGAUCUGCGGAGGUCCGUGUCUGCCUCUGUCGGUCCCGUGGCCGAGGGUGAUGAGUCUGCGGACAACUCUCCCCCUGGGUUGACGUACAGCAACCCUGCCAUCAACAUGGCCCGCCAGCAGCACCACGAGAUGCUCGAGCUUUCGAGGCACGGUACUCCCCUGUCCACUGUCGAGGGCAGCCCUGCGCUCAACCCCAUGAAUAUUUCCAUGGGUCAGAGCUACGGCCCCCUCAACGAUGACGAACUUGCUCCCAUGAGCGAGCGACAGAUGUCCCAGGGCCACCCCGGCGUAAUCCGUCGCGCGCGUUCUGCCACGGUUUCGGAGCUUGGUCCUUAUCCCCAGAAGUCGCACUCUUGCCCCAUUCCCUCAUGCGGUCGUGUCUUCAAGCGUUUGGAGCACCUUAAGAGACAUGUAAGGACACAUACACAAGAGAGACCUUACGUCUGCUCAUACUGCCAGAAGGCCUUCUCCCGAUCAGAUAACCUAGCACAGCACAAGCGUACACACGAUCGUGGCGACGGUUCUGAGGGUACUUCGAACCUCUCUGGAGAGGAGGAAGAGGAGUACUCUUCGCCAACAUCUGAGGGUGGCUACGUCCACGCCUCAGGAGCACCCAGCAAUGGCAACAGCUCAACACCCCAGUCAACCAUGUACAACAACCUCCAGACUUUGAGCAUGCCCAUGACAAUAAGCGAGCCUCAGCCGAUCAACACAGGCGAGAUGAUGCGAAACGAGCUAGAGUUUUAGGAUUUGAGCAGUUUUCUGGGCAAGAACUGACUAUGUAUGUGUGUUGUUUGUACAAUCAAAACCACCGGUGGUCAUGACGGAGCGUUUCAUGUUUGGCUUUGGUCUGUUUUUGUUAUAUAUCCGGAUGGGCUUGGGGGAUUAGGUCUGUCAACAUCACGGCUUAUGAGUCUGCCUUGUUUCAAUAAAGGCGUAAGACUAGAUUUUCUCAUUUAUUGCUUCUUGUUUCUCUGGUCGGAUGGCUAUCCAUGAUCAAAGUGGGAAGGGGGUCCUUUGCAGGUUCAGUAGAAAACCUCACAAAGACCUUGCAUUUGUUGUCAUUUUAUUAUUCCAACCUUUGUCUCAAUUGAGACUCUUCACUUUUUUUUGCUUUUACUUCCCUUUGUGUCAUGCCUCUUAGCCAUGAGAAACAUGACACUUGGAAACAUGAAUAUGAACGAACUUUUGUUGUCCGCAUA